AUGGCAUCUGUUGAUCCAACAAUUGCCACUACCGUUGCAGCUGCUGACUUAGCUAAAAAAGCGUGGGAUGCAUUGCACACUGCAUAUGCUAACAAGUCCCAAACCAGAAUUUUCAGCCUUCGCGAUCGACUUGCGCGACUCACAAAAGACUCCCAACCAGUUACUGUAUAUUUGCAAAAUAUACGAUCCAUGGGUGAUGAACUCUCUACUGCUGGUGCCCCUGUCACAAACUCUGAACUCAUUGUUAAGAUCCUGAGUGGUCUAGGACCAGAGUUUCGUGAGAUUUCUGCUGCAAUUCGUGCUCGUGACUCCACUAUUACGUAUGAAGAACUCUAUGAGAAGCUUCUUGAUCAUGAGCUUUUCCUCAGACAUGAAGAGUCAAAGAAAUCUCCUAGCCAAAUUACUGCUGUUGCUGCUACAUUCAACAAAUUUGGAAACUCCAACAAUCGCAACAAUCCUCGCCCCAACAAUAACAAUGGCAACAACAAACAAUGGCAAUACAACAAUCGCUCUAAUUCAUAA